AUGACAAGAUUGAAAAAAAAAACAGAAACUGAUACCAAAGAAAUUAUUAAAAUAAAUCCCAAAGAAAUAAUUGAUGUAAAUCAAGAAAUUGGAGAAAGGAAUCAUGCUAAACAAAUUCACAAAGAAAUUGUUGAAAAGCACCCUACAGGAUCAUACUAUAAAGCAUGUCAAAGUGCAAGACUAAAAAAUAAAUGCAAGACUCAAAAAUUAAUUAAUGAAACAUUUUUGAAACUUGAUAAAGAACUUAAUAAUAUACAUUCUGUUAACAAAUUCACAAACAUUAAAGCUUAUAAUAAUGCAAUCAACUUUGAAGCCUUUAACUAUCAACAAAUUUUAAAAAUGAUUAAUAAUCUAAAAAGCAACCUUAAAUCAAAGGAUAUUAUUGGUGCUAGAUCAAUGAAUUUGUUCCUGGACAUAAAUUUUUGGAAACAAUUUCACAA